ACCAGUCACGAGGUCCCUCGCCACCAAUCAGAAGGCACCACCGGAGGAAACGGGACGAAACGUUUAACUGACAUUCUUCUGUCCGUCGUCUUGUCGCUUAUUUGCGGCAUAUAUUUCCACUCGGACCCGCUUGUUCCAGAGUUGUGAUACACCUUUACCUGCGACAGUGAUGGCGUUUCCAGGAUACGGCGCUGCUCCCGGUGGAGUCGCGGCCAUGCAGCAGGACCCUCUCUAUGGGUAUUUCUCAGCUGUGGCUGGACAGGAUGGACAGAUCUCGGCGGAGGAGCUGCAGAGCUGCCUCACACACUCCGGCAUCUCGGGCACAUACAAGCCCUUCAGCAUGGAGACCUGCAGACUGAUGGUCAGCAUGUUGGAUAGGGACCACUCCAACAGCAUGGGCUUCCCCGAGUUCAAGGAGCUGUGGCAGGUGCUGAGCGGCUGGAAGACGACCUUCAUGUCCUACGACGGGGACCGCAGCGGGACGGUGGAGGGCCACGAGCUGCAGCACGCCUUCAACGCCAUGGGCUUUAACCUGAGCCCUCAGGCCAUGAACAUCAUCAUGAAGCGCCACAGCUUCGGCGGGAGGGUCGGCUUCGAUGACUUCGUGGGCUGUUGCACAAAACUCCGUGCUCUGACUGACCAGUUCAGAAGAAGAGACCAACAGCAGACGGGCACGGCCUUGUUUCAAUACGACGAUUUCAUCCAGGUCACCAUGAGCAUAUGAAGAGGAAAGGACCGAUCAGAAGGGAGACAGCGGCCUUUUAAAACCAUCUUAUAAAUCAUCACGUCUACUUUCACUGUGUAUGUGUUUUUACUGCUUAAUGAUUUUCCUUUUUUUAAUACAAAGUCAGCUGUAACGUACCAAACUAAUACGAGUAUAAUAAGAUGUGUACCAAUGACGAACCACGUGCAACCAACGAGCUGCAUGUAUGAAAGUCAUAAAUAAAACAAACCUAUUCAGCACAAA